AAAAAAACUUACUUUACUUGUUUUUCUUAUUUAAAAUUGUUGUACAAGCCUUCGCAUCUUCAAUUUUUUUCUCAUAAAAAAACAGACAGGCGCGAUGUUAUUUAGGACUGGACCCGAUUAUAAAUAAUGACAUCACAUCGUGCAGAAAGUUUAAGCGAGCGCAGAGAACGUUCAUGUUAAGACCUAUAGCUUACAUUAAAUCACUUUUUGUAUGUAAUUUACAUUUAAAUCUUUAAAAAAUGGUUAGUUGCUCUGCGUUUCGAUGUACCAAUUGAUUAGAGAAGUGUAAAGAAGUGAGUUUUUUAAUUUUUUUUUAAUUGACCAGAUAAGAAGUUGACAUGGUACCUAAAACGAGACCUUAUGCGCAGCAGUGGCAUUUUAAUGUAAUACUUUCUUAUAAAUUUUAGAUAAAAAAAGAUUUUGCUGAUUUCAGUAACAUGAAUAUAACGGAAAAAGUAGAAGAGCAUUCUGGUUAUGUGUUUUCAAUACUUGAUGUCGUGUCCAGCAUAAUACUAACAUUAUCUGUGAUUUUCAACUUACUUGGUGUUUACCUACUGAAACAACAUAAAUCUCAACGUAAUAUAAUCCAAAAUUCUAUCCUAGUUUCAAUGAGCUUAUCAGAAGUUCUCAUAGCUCUUGUUGAUAUUGUCUACAUGAUCGCGAAAUUUGCAGGAUUGGACGAAGAGACUUCAAAUAUUUUUGUAUAUUGCGAAGAGGUUGUUGCUGGUCUGUUUUUCACUUAUUAUACAGUUUUAUUUAUGUUAACAUUUGAUAGACUGUUAGCGUUCGUGCUGCUUUUAAAAUACCAUAGCAUUGUGACUAUAAAAAGAACACGGUGUUGUAUAGUUGUUGCGUGGGUUGUCGGAGUUAUAAUUGCUUUUCCAUUCUUCUUUCUGAGUCCAGAUACAUUUUUUGAGACAUGGAAGCGCAGAACAGUAGCGUCUGGUGUUGCAGGCAGAGAAAAGAUGUUUGUUGUGACAACUAUAAUUAUCGCAACUUUCGUUCUACUUGUGGUUAUUCCUGAUAUAUUAUACGCGUAUCGGUUUGUAAUCCACAAAAUAGGAAGCGACACGGAAGAGACCAUUAUUGGAUUGUGUUGGGAAUUAAACUAUCUUUGUGACCCUUGUAUAUACAUAUUUCUUCAGAAAAACAUUCGAACAAUACUGUUGCAGAAAGCCUCAAAAUUAUAUCGUAAAAAAGAAAUUGACAAAAUAACUAUUUUCGACAAUGCUCGAGAUGACAAAAGUCAUAUUUACUCGUUUUCAAAUGAAGUUGUUGAGGAGACCAAAGUUAGGCCCAAUAGUGGAUCAUUUGACACUAAAAUGUAACUCGGGUUUUUUGGACGACAGGAACGUAUAAUUUUAUGUAAACAGAGAAAUACUAGCAUUGUUAUUUCAAACUAUUCUGAAGUCUUGUUUAACUGAGAAGACCGUAUGUUCUGCACACACCAAACCGAAAAAACAUUCUGCCAUUAUGAAUCUUAACGCGGUUUUGCGGCCUGGUCUCUAAUUAUUCUGGCUACACAAUGUUUUCCUUUUUUUUCCUAAAGUUUUGCAGCUGAUUUUUUUACUUGAAAGAAUUAUUUGUCGUGAAGUUUGAGUGUGGAAAGUUUUAACUACGCAGUUAUGGAUGUAGUAACACGGUUAUGUAACAGUUUUUUUAACGAGAAAAAAGCUAAAAAGGA